UUCUAUUUAACGGGACAGCGAGGAGAACGACACUGCUGUGUGGCAAAGCAGACCCCACAAAUCUAUCUGACACGUUUUAAGUCUUUAUCCAGCCGGCAGGGUGAGAUAACGACUGUAGUGUGACGCGAGGCUAACGGCCGAGGCUGCCCUCCCGAAACACGUCCACCCAACUGACCCAAGUCAGCGGUCUACGUCUCCUUUAGUGCAAGAAUAACGACUGGGACUAACCCAUAGACGUCCCUCUGUGAGGCAGCACCGUAUGCUUUAUUACGAGGACAAUAUUUAAUUAUUAAGGCAUAAUAAAAGCAUCGGUUCAAAGCCUCUGCAUCAGUGCCAUGAAUCAGCCUGAACAACAGAUGCCACCCACAUAGGUCACGUUACCUGCCUUUCUGUUUGCUUCGAACCAGAGGAUGCUGGGAAUGUGUCGUGGGCGAAGGAAGUUACUGGUGGCCUCUUUUGCACUGCUUUUCAUCCCGGCACUCACCUGGCUUUACCUGUCAGUCGGGAGCUUUCAGUUGAAGCCCCUCCCCGUGUCUCCAUUGGAAGCCCAAUCAUCAAUGGCGGUGGGCGGACGUGGCGAGCGGAAGGCCUUAGAGCUGCGGGUCCGGGCCGUUGAGGAGGAGAACUACGCACUGCGCCGGGAGUUGAGCCGAACACCGAGGAGCCCGUCCGCACACCAUCCAAAUAGUGAUCACCGCGGAAACCAAACCCGAAAUCAUUCAGAGGAAGGCACUGGUGACAAUGAGGGCCAGAAGUCUGCUGCGGUUGUGGGAAACAGCUCAGACUGUGUGCAGCAGCCAAUGGUGGAUAAGUGUGAGACCAUCCAUGUGGCCAUCGUAUGUGCAGGUUACAACGCCAGUCGAGACGUGGUUACACUGGUUAAAUCUGUCCUAUUCCACAGACGGAACCCACUACAUUUCCAUUUCAUCACAGACUCCAUCGCUCGGCAGAUCCUGUCCUCUCUGUUCCAUACCUGGAUGGUCCCUGCCGUCAAGGUCGACUUCUACAAUGCAGAUGAGCUAAAGUCAGAGGUUUCAUGGAUCCCAAACAAACAUUACUCUGGAAUCUACGGCCUGAUGAAGCUCGUGCUCACUAAGACGCUGCCAUCCGACCUGCAGAGAGUCAUUGUCCUGGAUACAGAUAUUACAUUUGCCACGGACAUCGCUGAACUCUGGGCUGUUUUCCACAAGUUUAAAGGUCAGCAGGUUCUUGGUCUGGUGGAGAACCAGAGUGACUGGUACCUGGGAAAUCUGUGGAAGAACCAUCGACCCUGGCCGGCUCUGGGCAGAGGCUUCAACACUGGAGUCAUUUUGCUUCUCCUGGACCAUCUGAGGAAGCUGAGAUGGGAGCAGAUGUGGAGGCUGACUGCAGAGAGAGAGCUAAUGAGCAUGCUGUCCACCUCCUUGGCAGACCAGGACAUCUUCAACGCUGUGAUCAAACAGAACCCGUUCCUGAUUCACCAGCUGCCCUGCUUCUGGAACGUGCAGCUGUCCGACCACACCCGAUCCGAGAAGUGCUACAAAGACGUGUCAGACCUCAAGGUGAUCCACUGGAAUUCUCCCAAGAAGUUGCGCGUGAAGAACAAGCACGUUGAGUUUUUUCGGAAUCUCUAUCUGACCUUUCUGGAGUACGAUGGCAACCUGCUACGGCGAGAGCUGUUUGGCUGUCCCAGCGAGGCUGACCACAACAGUGAAAAUCUUCAGAAGACUCUAUCAGAGCUGGAUGAAGAUGAUCCUUGCUACGAGUUUCGCCGAGAACGAUUCACAGUCCACCGAACGCACCUCUACUUCCUCCACUACGAGUAUGAACCCAGCUCCGACAACACAGACGUCACGCUAGUCGCCCAGCUUUCUAUGGACAGGCUCCAGAUGCUGGAGGCCAUUUGUAAGCACUGGGAAGGCCCCAUCAGCCUCGCCCUGUACCUGUCCGAUGCCGAGGCUCAGCAGUUCCUGCGCUACGCUCAGGGCUCCGAGGUACUAAUGAGCCGUGGAAAUGUUGGUUACCACAUCGUCUACAAAGAGGGACAGUUCUACCCAGUCAACCUGCUGCGUAAUGUUGCCAUGCGGCACGUCAACACACCCUUCAUGUUCCUGUCCGAUAUUGACUUCCUACCUAUGUACGGCCUGUACAAGUACCUUAGGAAGUCAGUGUUGCAACUGGACAUGACCAGUGCCAAGAAAGCCCUAGUGGUUCCAGCUUUUGAGACCCUGCGAUACCGUCUGUCUUAUCCUAAAUCCAAAGCUGAGCUGCUCUCUCAGCUGGAUAUGGGUACACUCUUCACCUUUAGGUACCAUGUUUGGACUAAAGGCCAUGCACCAACUAACUUUGCCAAAUGGCGCACAGCCACCACGCCCUACAGGGUGCAGUGGGAAGCCGACUUUGAGCCUUACGUCAUGGUGAGGAGGGAUAGUCCUGAAUAUGACCGCCGCUUUGUGGGCUUCGGCUGGAACAAGGUUGCUCACAUCAUGGAGCUGGAUGCACAAGAGUAUGACUUUGUGGUGCUGCCCAAUGCCUACAUGAUCCACAUGCCUCAUGCGCCAAGCUUCGAUAUCACCAAGUUCCGUUCCAACAAGCAGUACCGGGUUUGCCUCAAGAUCCUGAAGGAAGAGUUCCAGCAGAACAUGUCGCGGCGCUAUGGCUUUGCCGCUCUAAAAUAUAUGACAGCCGAGAACAACAGCUAGCCACCACUGGAGACCCUCAUUCUCUCGGCCCUGAACUUCUCAUACCCUCCAUGGGCAGGGGAGGGGGCAGGAAACUGAUGGCCCCAUGCGAGGAUUUCGAGAUGCUUUGUUUUGAACAAUUGACCACGGGUGUGGGUCUUCAUGACUUUUUUUUGUCCUGUGCAGUAGCUUUAAAUGCUGGGAAAGAGGAUGCAUAUCCAGAGCUCUGGCCCUGGCAUCUGACACUGAACAGUCAAGGAAAGCAGACAUUGCCCUAUUUGUAAGGCUAGUGACAGAGCUGUUGGCAACAAGUGACAUUAUGUAUGUAUGCGUGUACGUUCGUGCAAGUACAGCAAAUUUGUGACUGUGUAUAUGUAUGUCCCUCCCAGCACAGUGCUUGGCAAAAAGCUUAAGAGAGCUGAAGAUGUGAGUAAAGCCUUGUGGGCUUACCUUGUUUGCACGCACUCUGAUUGUCAAACACCUGUAGCGGUCUGAUUGACAGCAGGCGUCUACUUUUACAAACAAACAACAAGCAAACCGUCCCCAGCAAGGCCAGAUAAGACAAAUAGGUUAAGAUCCCCACAAUGUUUUUAAUUUUAUUGCCGAUCAGAAUAAAUCCUCCUCCUCCAAUGCCAUGGGAAGUAAAGUGCAUUGACAAUUUGUCAAUGCCGAGUAUGUCAAUUUCACUGUGAUAUUUAACAUUAUAUUCAAUGGUAGAUGCUCAAAAUUAAUUGGAAUGAAUCCUGAUGGGAUUGCAAAUGUCUCCUGGUUUUUCCAGUUGAAAUUCAUGUAUAUUAUCUUAAAGGGGGUGAUGAUGAGACACACGAAGCUGUUUGGCAACUGCCACCGGAAGACAAACACCGCACUGGCAGUAGACGUCAGACGUCCCAUCAGGCUCUUCCUGAGGAAAGAGAGAGACAGCGAUUAUUCCUUGUUCUGCCAUACAAAUGCAGGCCGUGGGUCCUCUUACCCUGAGACUGGUUUGGAAUGAGUCAGGUUCUCACUCCUUCAAGACAGUCUCGCAUCGGUAUGCUCUAGUUGAGGUUAAAAAGUCUCCUGAUUGCCUAAUUCAAUCCACCUGUGAGGGACAACAAAAAAUACCUGGGUAGGGAGAAGUUCCCUGUGAGGAUCCUCUGGGGUAGUACCGCCCAUCCAACACCAUGCCUCUUGCUUGUCUUUGUUUUCACCGGCUGGGCCAUCAGUGUGUGUGUGUGUGUGUGUGUGUGUGUGUGUGUGUGUGUGUGUGUGUGUGUGUGUGUGUGUGUGUGUGUGUGUGUGUGUGUGUGUGUGUGUGUGUGGGGGGGGG